CCGUGGCCCUUCACUUCUGACCACCUCAACCGUUGCUUUUGUGAGCCUUGAGAGUGAAGCAACGAGGGGCCGGUCUGAAACCCCAUCUGCACCCAUGUCCCAGCCGGAGCUGCCCCCACAGAGCACCAUGGGAGAGCCUGGAGGGGGCAAACUCCAUGCUGCAGGGCCUCAGCGCACCCCACAGGACUGGUGCUACCCCGGCCAGCAGCCCGAGUGUUACCAGCAAGAGAAGGGAUGCCCACAGGGUCGUAGAAUCAUAGAAUCAACUAGGUUGGAAAGACCUUUGAGAUCAUCAAGUCCAACCGUUACUCCAGGACUGACAAAUCCACCUCUAAACCAUGACACUAAAGGCCUUGUCUACACAGUGUUUGAACAUUUCAAGGGACAGUGAUUCCACCACUGCCCUGGGCAGCCUGUUCCAAUGCCUGAGCACCCUCUCGGUGAAGAAAUUUUUCCUAAUAACCAGUCUAAAUCUGGUGCAGCUUGAGGCCAAUUUCUCUUGUCCUAUCACUUGUUACUUGGGAGAAGAGACCAAACCCCACCUCACCACAACCUCCUUUCAGGUAGUUGUAGAGAGCAAUAAGGUCCCCCCUGAGCCUUCCCUUCUCCAGACUAAACCCCUCUAGUUCCCUCAGCUAUUCCUCAUCACACUUGUGCUCCAGGCCCUUCACCAUCUUCACUACCCUUUUCUGGACCCGCUCCAGCACCAUCACUCUUGUAGUGAUGAGCCCAAACCUGAACACAGGAUUUGAGAUGCCCCCUCACCACUGCUGAGUACAGGGGGAUUAUCACCGCCCUGAUCCUGCUGGCCACACUAUUUCCAAUACAAACCAGGAUUUCACUGUCCUUUUUGGCUGCCUGAGCAAGACACAACUGGGUCAGCAGUACAUCCCAGCAAACACACAGCAAAACCACAGUAAAUUGGUGCUGGGUGCCCCGGUGAGCACCCAUCCUCACCCCAAACACAUCACCCAGCAGGGUCCCACCACACCAGGACCGGAGGGGUAGGCCUGAGCAGCACUGAGGUCUGGGAUGCGAGAACCAGAUGUGCAAGAACCAGAUGUCCAGCCCCAGAUGUGCAGGCCCAGAUGUUCAGUACGGAGGCGCCUUAUCUGGCCCCGCCAUAUCCCUCCCGCCGCUGCGGGCCCCGCCCCUUUCUAUGCAAAUCCCCCUCCCGUUCAGCCAAUGGGAGAGCCGGGGGGCGUGGCCACGGCGGGACUUGCCCGGGCAUGUGAGCACGGCCGCUUCCGGGCCGGACACGUGGGAGCGGCGCCGGGCGCGGAAUGCCUCCUGGCAAAGGGCAGAUGAUCCCACUGCUGCCCGCCCCGAAGGCCACAGCACCCACUCCACGAAGCACCCAUGGCCCCGCCGCGGGGAGCCACGCUCACCCCCACGAGGGUCCCGGCUCCCCGCAGGGUCGCAGCAAGAAGAAGAGCCGUAAGCACCAGCGGUUCAUGGAGCGCCGGGCGCUGCUGGAGCAGAAGGGGCUGCUGAGCCCCCCCAAGCACCCAGGCAGCCAGCAGACCCCCAUGGCGGGGCUGGAGGCACGCAGCGCGCUCACCAAGGUGGAUGGCACCACGGCACCGCGCUGCGGGAAGGUCCCCAAGCCCAAACAGGCUGUGUCCGCAUCCCUGUCCCCAUCCGCAUCUCCAGACAGCAUAGCCAGGCACCACUCCGUGCUGCUGUCCCAAGGGAAUGGCAGCUCCAAGGGGGUGCGGACGUCCUCCCCGCUCCUGCGCCCGAGCAAGUAUGUGGCCAUCGACUGUGAGAUGGUGGGGACCGGUCCUCAGGGCAGGCUGAGCGAGCUGGCACGGUGCUCCGUGGUGAACUAUGAGGGGGAUGUCAUCUAUGACAAGUAUGUCCAGCCCGAGCUCCCCAUCGUGGACUACCGGACACGCUGGAGCGGCAUCACCAAGCAGCACAUGAAGAGAGCAAUUCCCUUCAAGGCUGCCCAGGCGGAGAUCCUGAAGAUCUUGAAAGACAAGAUUGUGGUAGGACACGCCAUCCACAAUGACUUCCAAGCCCUGAAGUACUUCCAUCCCAAAGACAGGACCCGAGACACCAGCCGGAUCCCAGUGCUGAAUGAGAGGGCAGGGCUGCCCAGCAGGGCCAACGUCUCACUCAAGAGCUUGGCCAGGCACCUGCUCCACAAAAAGAUCCAGGUCGGCUGCAAAGGGCACUCGUCAGUGGAGGAUGCUCAGACAGCCAUGGAGCUGUACAGACUGGUGGAGGUGCAGUGGGAGUCGGAGCUGGCCCGAAGCCUGCCCCCCCGGCCCCCCAGCCCCAUCACAGACCCCGCUGCGGACAGCAGCCAGUACAUGGAUGACCAGUACUGGCCCACAGACCUGAUGACAAGCAGCUUAUGAUGAGGGACAGUAUCUCCUCCACAUGUUUCAGGCCAUCCUGGUGCCUGUUCAAGGUGGAGGUGGCUGCUGAUAUCCUUCCCUGGGGCUUGUGCCCUAUGGGCUCUGCCUGGCACCCAUCUCUGCACGGGGGAGUCAGACACCACCAGCCCUGCUCUGGGACACAGAAAUAGUGGCACUUGGACACCAGCAACUCCCAAAAACACUUGUCUGCAGCCUCUUGCUGUGGCUGUGCUGUGUUCAUCUGUCACUUGGUGCCUGGGGAUGAGCAGGGUCCUGGUGUGAGCCUGGAGAAGCCCCCACGGGGGUGCAAUGGCUGCAGUGGUGGCUUAAACCAUGACACUGGGGCUGCCAGGGCACCUCCUGUGCCCUCUGGGAAGGGGAUACCCCAUGGUGGGCAAGUGGCAAGUCCUCCUGGGGGAGGACUGAGGUGUCUUGCUGGUGCCUGAAGGCUGCAAAGCACUUGGGGCCAGUUUCCUCCUCGCCUUUUUGCACAGUGAAGCCUGAAAAGAAAGUCUGGGUCUAAUCAAUAUCCAGCCUGGACAAGAGCAUUGGAUGCACUUCAUUUAAAUGGACUAUUCACAUAAUUGUCCAAUUCUGAAUUAAAAAUUGGUCUUGCUAAA